GAUAGGGAGGGAGUGAGGGAUACACACCAGCAUUGCUGAAAGGAGACCCGCCUCAUAAUCCCCACCAGAAGGCCACUCUCUCACAUUCCCAUAUUUAAAAACGAUGAUCAUGAUGCACAACAAACCGUUACCAAACGACGCCAAAAAUAUAAUAUCCGCUUUUAAUUUUUCAUCACCAUUCCUUAUUUCUCAGUUUCCUUUAAAUAAUAAAUCAUUCGCAUUUCACCGCUUUUCAGAGUGAGAAGAAUAUCAUAUCUUGCUUUCUUUCUUCUAAUGCUUCAUUUUCUCUUCUCAGGUUAGGGUUUCGCAUUUCUCAUCGAUCGUACCUUCGCAACCAUAGCUUGUUACUUCCACUAUUAGAGUGCUUGAGUUAAAUUGGAUAUAAUGUCUUCAACUGAGACCAUAGUUGAUGCAGUAGUUGAUACUGUUGUAAAGAAAAGUUCUGAAACUGUUGAAACAGAUGAAAAGGGUAACAGUGCUGUAGUUCACCCAAUUGAAACAGAAAAUGAAGAAAUGGUUCCAGUUGUAAAGAGUGACAAGCAGUAUGGUGUUAUCGAGCCGGUUGACGAUGAUAGUAUUGCAAUAGCAGAGCCACGGAAUGGCCAUGGUCAAGAUUCUGUAACCAAGCAGGAGAAUGAGGAUUCAAAGCCCCAGCUGGAGUGCGACUUAAAGCCUCAAUGUGAGCAUCUUACACCCAACUCUUUGCUUCCUGAAAAUCAGGUAUCUGAGGUCAACCUUAGUUUAGGCUCACAAGUAAAAUCUGAUUCUGUUUCUUGUAAUCAAAAGAAUACUAUAAUUGCUAAUGGUGACAAAUUAGAACAAGAAAUUGUUAGGUCAAAGAUGGUGGAAGAACCAUCAUCCAGAAUUGAUGUGCCUGUUUAUGAUGAAUCACAUUUGAUGGAUGUUGAAGAGCCAGACGAGAAAAAGGUAUCUGUUGAGGAAAAUAGCAGUAUCAACAGAGGACCAAACCUGAACAUGACCAAUAGCAAUGAAGAUGUUGGCUAUCCAGAAAAGUUGAACUUGGAUGGCAAUUCUGAUGAUGAGUCCAUGGAUGAGGAUAUGCCGGAGAGCAAGCAAUUUGAUUCUAAGUUUAAUAAUGAACUUGGAGAGAAAGGGGAGAGUGUUGAAAUAACGAAUCUUAAGGAGCGUGAUACUGUUGUGGUAAGAGAUGGUCUAUCUUCAGAAGGUGGUGACUACCAUAAUAAUGAUAUUCCUUCCGUUUCCCUUGUCAAAAAACAAAAAUUUACGGAUCAAGCAUCAGUUGAGAAUAACAAUCCUGCAAAACGACAAAGGUGGAACUCUGAACCAGUUAAAGGUUCAAAUAUUCAAAGGUCAACUGUCAGACCAGCUACUGCACCAAUGGGUGAGCCAAUUUCAUUGAAGUGCAAUUUCUCCUGGUCUGAUUCCCCGGCAAUUGAUGUUGCGCCCAAAGAACGCAUUGUUCCACCGUCACAAUGGCUCCCUACUAAUUCCCUCAGAAUCGAUGGUUUCCUCCGACCUUUUACCUUAAAUGCAGUGCAAGAACUUUUGGGUAAAACUGGGAAAUUCACCAGUUUUUGGAUGGAUGAAAUAAAAACACAUUGCUACGUCAGUUACACAACUGUUGAAGAAGCCGUUGAGACCCGAAAUGCUGUUUAUAAUCUUCAAUGGCCUCCAAAUGUUGGACACCUUUUAGUUGCUGAGUAUGUUGAACCCGAAGAUGUGAAAAUGAAGCUAGAACCUCCUCCCCCUGUUGACUUUGUCAACAAUGAUUCAAUAGCUCUUCCACAUACUCAGCAACUGAUGUCAAAGCUCCCGCCAGCGGCUAGAGAACGGUUUCCGCCGCCACCAUCUUUGUCAAUGCUCCCGCCAGCGGCUAGAGAACGGUUUCCUCCGCUACAAUCUUUGCCAAUGCUCCCGCCAGCGGCUAGAGAACGGUUUCCGCCGCCACCAUCUUUGACAGAGUUCCCGCCAGUGGCUAGAGAACAGCUUCCUCCGCCACCAUCUUUGUCAAUGCUCCCACCAGCAGCUAGAGAAAAGCUUCCGCCACCACCACUAUUGACAGAGCUCCCGCCACCACCACUAUUGACAGAGCUCCCGCCACCACCUAGAGAAUGGCUUCCACGGUCACCACCUAGAGAAUGGCUUCUACUGUCACCACCUAGAGAAUGGCUUCCACUGCCACCACCAUCGUCAAAUCUCUCGCCAGAUGCUAGAGAACGGAUUCCGUCGCGACCACCCCUCCCAAAGAAAGUUGACAAACCCAUUGUUACAAUUGAUGAUGUCUUUCGGAAAACCAGAGCAACUCCUCGGAUCUAUUAUUUACCAUUAUCCGACGAGCAAGUUGCAGCAAAACUGGCAGCAAGGGGCAGAAGCAUUAUGCAGUAGGGCUAUUGUUCAGUGUUUUUUCCCAAUGGUUAUUUUCUGGUUAUUGGUACCGUUGCAUGGGUUGAGACCAAAAAGUAAAAGAACUUCACCAACUAAGAGCUACUUGACUUGAGUGAUAGGUUUUCCUUGACCAAAACAUUCCGAACUUUGUAAAUAUAUGAUAGAUAAUGUACUUUUGCCUUGAAACCAAAUUGUUGAAUAACAAUGUUAAUUGUGUUUAAGAGUACUAGCUACAUAAGAAAACAAUUUGGUAAUA